CUCCGUACCCUCCGCUCAUUUGCUCCGCACCCAAUAUUUCCCACAGGCUCUGUCUGCAUAGGGUGUAAAUGUAAAAACAUACAGUGCGAGGCAGAUGGAUAGUGUUUCGAUCAACCAUUGAUAAGCAAGCAAAGGAUCAAGCCAGGCAUAAUAUUUUAUGGAAACGUGAUAUGUUAUCUCAUGACAGGUACAUAUAUGAGUACAUGUUUAUCUCAGGGUUUAUAUAAUUUGAUAUUUGCAUUGCACUUAUCUAAAAGUUACGACUUAACAAUUAGUGAAGUCCUAAAAGGAACAAACUUAGUAUGUUUAUUGGCUAAUUCAAAUCGGAUGCGGUAAAAAACCGAAAGCCAAUUUUCGAACGUUCCUGGUAUUACGUUCGCCCUUGAGUAUACGUGGCAGCACAUAUGCAUAAAUAUAAGUGAACGUAGCAAUUCAGAGCCAUGUGAGACCGAAGCAAAAGUUGAAUGACAGAACUGUAUUACCAAUAGUUACUUAAACUUAGAAAAAAGUUAUAGCUUUGUAAAUCAACAAGUUAAAGUUAAGUAGUGGGUGGAUGAUAUAUCAGCACAAUAUGUACAGAGGAAAAACAGUAAAACGUAUGACAUCAACUUAGGAAGUCAACUUUUAGACAUUAGCACAUGAGAUUGAAAAUGGAUACUGGAGAAAAAUACUUCAAAUGUGACAUUUGUUCAAAAACAUUUCCAAGAAAAAGUGCUCUGAAAAUGCAUUGUAAAUUACACACUGGAGUAAAGGACUUCAAAUGUGAUGUUUGUUCUAAAACAUUUGCAAGAAAGGAUCAACUCAAAAUACAUGUAAAGGUACAUGCUGAAGAAAAAGACUAUAAAUGUGAGGUUUGUUUUAAAACAUUUGCCUUGAGUUUUAGGCUUAAGCGACAUUACAAAAGCCAUACUGGAGAAAAAAAUUAUAAAUGUGAUAUGUGUGCGAUGAUGUUUUCAGAGAAAGUAGGUUUAAAAAAACAUCUUAAAAUACACACAGGAGAAAAAGACUACAAAUGUGAUAUAUGUUCCAAAACAUUUUCAGAGAAUUCAUCAUUGAAAUUACAUCUGAAAAGACACGCUGGAGAAAGGAACCACAAAUGUGAUGUUUGUUCUAAGGCAUUUGUAGAUUCUUCCAACCUCAAAGCACAUUAUAAAACACAUACUGGAGAAAAAAACUACGAAUGUAAUGUAUGUUUUAAAGCAUUUGCGCGAAGUAGAGAUCUCAAACAACAUUAUAACAUACAUACCAGAGAAAAUGAAUACAAAUGUGAUGUUUGUUUUAAAAUAUUUUCACAAGAAGCAAAUCUUCAACAACAUCGUAAGAUCCAUACUGGAGCAGAACGCUACAAGUGUGAUAUUUGUUCAAAAACAUUUUUAGUCAAGGGAACGCUGACAAUGCAUUAUAUAAUUCAUACUGGAGAGAAGAAACACAAAUGUGAUAUUUGUUCUAAAUCAUUUUUAUUGAAUUCUCAUCUCAAACGACAUUAUAAAACACAUUCUGCUAUGCGGAAAAGGGAAUACAUUUGUAAUAUUUGUCCCAAAUCAUAUCUGUCCAAUUCUAAUCUGAAAAGACAUUAUAAUAUGCAUACCAGAGAAAAGAACUAUAAAUGCAACAUUUGCUUUAAUUCUUUCACAAAUGGUUCAAAUCUCAAAGAACAUCAGAAAAGACAUACAGGAGAAAAAAACUACAAAUGUGAUAUUUGUUUUAAAACAUUUGCACAAAAAAGAGAUCUCAAACAGCAUCUAAAAAGACACACUGGAGAAAAGGAACACAAAUGCGAUUCUUGUUCUAAAACAUUUGUAACAAAUGCUGAAUUAAAAAGACAUUAUGCAAUACAUACUAGAAAGGAACUCAAAUGUGAUAUUUGUUUAAAAACAUACAUACAUUUAUCAUAUCUUGAGAAACAUUAUAAAAAACAUACAGGUGGAAACAACUAAUCUUCUCAAUCUGCAAUACAUUGACUUUGAUAUGUUAUGUACUGGAAGGUUUUGGAUACAGGGUUUACCCCUCGGCAAAUAUGUGUAUCUCCCUUGGGAUUAACCCUGUAUCCAAAACCUCCCAAAAGUAACCCUUUUGUAAUGGCUUUAGAUAUAUAAGAGUUAUGUACUGGGAGGUUUUGGAUAUGGGGUUUAUCCAGAGGGAGAUAUGCAUAUCUACCUGAGGGACCGUAGGUAGAUGUGCAUAUCUCACGAGGGAUGAACCCAAUAUCAAAACCAACCGUACAUAACUGCUUUAUCCUAUACCAAGUAGUUUUCAGUGAAAUUACCGGAAGCAGGAAGAUAUGCACCGAAGCAGGAAGUUAUGCACCGAAGCGGGAGAUAUGGCGGGAGAUAUGGAGGUUCUGGAUAUGGAAACCUCAAAAUCAGGAUACGGGAUAUAUCUUACCAACGUAUCUCCCUAAAACUCUACUUGGCAUAGGAUAAAGAUGGAUAUUUAUCCAUCCUUUGGAGUUUGAUAUUGAAUAUACAGAACAUGUACCUAGUUUAUAUUUUCCCCAAGGAUAACCUUUUAUUCAAAGCCCCCUUUAUAUAAACUUUGUAGAAAACUUUUCAAAAUUGUAUAUAUACUUUAUUAACUUUAUAUAAAUUGUAAAAGCACUCUAAACUAAAUAUACUUUAUUAUGUGUAUAUAAAACAAUAUUUCUAAUUAUGUUACAAUCUUACAUAUAUAUUAAUAACCUGCCAUUAGAAUUACCUAUAAUUUAUCUAAAAUAUAUCUAUAAUAAAGUACUAUGUUAAAUUGUAUAUUUAUUUUAUGAACUUUUUAUAAAUUGUAAAAGCACUCUAAACUAAAUAUACUUUAUUAUGUGUAUAUAAAACAAUAUUUCUAAUUA